AAAAUAAUUCUGUGUUAUUAUGUGAAAUUAUCUCAAUAUUAUCUAAGAAUCAAGAACUUAGUAGUUAUUAGUUAUAUAGUAGUUACUGCUUACUAGUUAUUAUUAUAGUUUGUCACUUGGUCCUCCCGGGCCCCGAUACGAGCUGUAUGAAAAUGUAAAAAUCUUUACCAGUAAAUACUAAAUAGGGAGAUUUUUCAUUUUAAGAACAUUCCACUCGACUCAUUUCAAGUUAUUCUGAAUCAUUCACAUUUCCCUCAUUUGCAUAGUGCGAUUCAGUUCUUUAAUGUAAACAUAGGCCUUCCCGUAACCAUAUUCAUAUAAUGGAUACUGGUUAAAAAUUUAAUUAAAUUUCUAUUCGUUCUAUAGCUCACUGUACUUUAUUAAUUUUGUACUUUAUUGAUUGUUCAUAUUUCGAAAAUAAUAUUAAAUAGUAAUAGUAGGUAGGUUUUUUUCACAGAAAAAUGAUUAAGUACCUACUUUAACCGUUUUAAAUGUUAUAUAUUUGAAUAUUAUCACUAAUCUUAUUAUUUAAGUGCAAUUUCUGAAUUAUUUUGUUAAGAUUGUUCUAUUUAAACUAGUCCUAAAUUUAAUUUUUCAUAUUUCAAUUGCUAAUUAUUAAUAUUAACCAGUAGAGUAAAUAUAUUACACAAGUUAUUUAAUAACUUUAUAAAGAUGUUAAAAUUCAAAAAUGUAAUUAACCAAUUGAAAACAAUAAGUAAUAUAAAUUUAAGAAGAAAAAUGACCACCAUAAAUCCUAAAUUAUAUCAUGAACACAACAUUGUAUGGUUUGAUGGUGAGAUGACUGGAUUAGACUAUAAUCAUCAUACCUUCAUCGAAGCAGCUAUAAUUAUAACUGAUAAACAUUUAAACGUUUUAGCUGAGAGUCCAAAUAUUAUUAUACAUCAAUCAGACGAAGUGUUAGAGAACAUGGAAGAUUGGUCCAAAAAGCAACAUGCAUUGAGUGGCUUAACUGAAAAUGUUAGAAAGAGUAAUAUAUCAAUUGAACAAGCUGAUCAAAUGUUAUACGAGUUUAUCAAACCAUUUACUCCUAAAGGUGUUUGUCCAUUAGCUGGUAAUUCAAUUUAUAUGGAUAGAGCUUUUAUUAGAAAAUAUAUGCCAAAACUUGAAAAUCAUUUAAGUUAUAGAUUAAUAGAUGUGUCUUCUCUAAAAGAGUUGUUUAAACGCUGGAAACCCGAAUUAGCAAAUGAAGCUCCAAAAAAAUCACUUCAGCAUAGAGCUCUUAAUGACAUUAAAGAUAGUGUUCAAGAACUCAAAUUUUACAAAAGCUGCUUACAGUUAUAAUUCAUGGUGAAAUAUAUAAAAUUUGGUGACAUAAAUCUGUACCAAAAUAAGCAUCUUAUAAUAGAAAAAAAAUGUAUACCACAUCAUUGAACUUCCACCCCUAAUUAUAAUUAUGUAAAAUCUAUUAAUAACAUUGAAUGAUUGCCUUAUCUUUUUUUUAUUUUAUUUUUUUUUAUUUGACAUAAACAAUCAAUACAGUUUUGCACAAUAAGUUUAUAUGAUGAGAGUAAUUAAAAUACAUGAAUGUUGUGAAUUAAGCAGCCACCCACUAGUGACUCUUGGCUAUUGAUAGCCUUAUCUUAACUGAAUUAUAUUUCCAAGGUGUUCGUGUCCUUCACAUACACCUUAGUCAACACAAACAUUCUGCUACAGAUUUUUUUAAUUUAAUAAGAAAUUUUGAAUUAACUUGCUGUUCAACUCUUAAAGUAGUCAUAAUUUCGGUAGUUUUAUAUGAUAUUGUCCACUUUAAACACGUGAAUGCAAAGUAAUUAACCAAAAGAGAUUAAAAUGGUAUUAUUUGAUGCAAUGACUUGUAUAGUUGAUAACUACAUCUCAAUUACCCACCCAAAAGUCUAUUACACUUUUAAUAGAAAGUAUUCCAGUUUUUAAGUAGCCACACUUCAUACAUUAACAGAUAUAAACAGGUAGUACCUAUUGUUAAGCUGUAUUUAUUGAUAUUUAUUUCUGUACAGAUGAGAAUUAUUGUUCAAUGUUUUAUGAAUAUUAUACUUGUAAACCUUAUUCAUAAUAUACUUCCAUUAAAAUACUCUAUUAAUACAAA